AUGUACACCGUGACAGUGUAUACAGGCAGCAGCAAAAUCAGAUGCACUUCUACAACAACUGCACCAGCAAAUGGUACUGUAACCGCCGGCGGUACUAAUACAUUUUCAUCAGUGCGUCAGUACAGUUGCAAUGAAGGCUAUCAAUUGAGUGGUACCAGUUACACUAUAUGUCAAUCCAAUGGGUCUUGGUCAACUGCCAAUCCAAUGUGUACACGAAUUAUGUGUUCGGCACCAAUCCCACCAGUAAAGAAUGGUCGUGUAGAAAUGGGAGGGACCACAUAUUUGACAGUGCGAGGAUUUUUGUGUGACCCAAACUACGCCCUCAGUGGAAGUAGGUACACUGUCUGUCAGGCUGAUGGUACAUGGUCAACAGCAAGUCCAAUUUGCACAGAAAACACAUGCCGGAUUCUAUCAGCCCCUGUCAAUGGAUAUGUCUACAUGGCUGGCACAUUGUUUGGUUCAAAGGCAAGUUUUAGCUGCAAUGUUGGAUAUCAGGUGACGGGCGUAUCACGUGUUACGUGUCUCACCACUCAGACCUGGUCUGCAAUCAGUCCAACAUGUACAAAGAUCACCUGCCCAGUGCUGGCUACACCCCUCAAUGCAAUAGUAUCUCCUGGAACAGUGGAUUUCCAGGCCAAACGUACAUUCUCCUGCAGUGAUGGAUAUACCCUGUUGGGGGAUACACAACUGGUCUGUCUUUUGAAUGGAUCUUGGUCUGCCCCGCUUCCAACCUGUUCCAGAGUACCAGAAUGCCCUGUGCUGGUUGUUUCCAAUGCAACCGUGUCAAGCGGCUCAAAUAGGGUUAACAAUAUCCGCAACGUCUCAUGUAAUGCCGGGUUUGAUCUCUUGGGCAACUCAAUGGUCAUAUGUAUGGCCAGCAAGAGUUGGUCUACCUUGCCUGUUUGCAAUAGAGUACCAGAAUGCCCUCUGCUAAUUAUUAAUAAUGCAGUUGUGUCAGGAGUCUCAACAAGAGUUCACAGUAUUCGCAACGUCACAUGCAAUUCCGGCUUCGAGCUUUCGGGUAGCUCUUUUGUCACAUGUCUACCUAGUGAGAAGUGGACUACCUUGCCAGUUUGCAAUCAAUGCUGUCAAUGUGGCAACAUACUGUUUGUUCAGCAGUGGAAGGAGGCAGUGUGCACACGACUAUGGUAA